AUGUGUGCCGAUCCCACUGCAAGCACCUUCGCAGAAGCCACGCGCCUGCUCCUGGCCGUUCUGGGCUUCAUCUGUGAAGGUGCCUGCCCGCCAAUGCUUCGGAAUCAUGUUGUGACGAGAGGUCCAUACAGCUUAAGUUGGCACGGCAUUUCGCCGACCGACCUGCUGCGUGAAUGGUUUGAUGGUGAUGAGCUGCUAGCUCUGUACGCAGAGGAGGACAUGAGAAGGGUCUUUGAAAGUGGACGGCCUGCUGCGAAGUGCCAGUUCAUCACCUUGCUUUCUCGAGUCGCUCUGGUGGAGGCCGCUCGCCCUGGUACUGGUCGAUGCUUGCGCGCGAAGUGGCAAGACGUUUUCCAGCUCUUCCCUGAGAUCAGCUUGAUCCGAGCGCUGAUGACACACUUCCGUCGAAGAUGCUGGGACGACACACGCGAUCGCAGCAGGAGCCGCAGCCGGAGCCGUGAACGGCGAAAGGAGCCCAAAGUCAAACAGGGCGAUCGCAAUGAUCGCGACUCGCAGCGAUUUUUCUUGAAGGGCACUGCAGAUCUGGAUGAAAAUCAGAUUCGAGAGCACUUCAAAGAAUUUGGCCAGAUUACGAACUGCAAUGUCUUGAUGGACAAGCGCAAGAAGCAAUUUCGAGGAAUGUGCUUCCUCACCAUGAAGCCGGAGGGUUUCUACAAAGGAAAAAAGAAUAGCAAGCAAGACCUGGUCGAGUGGAUGCUGGGAGAGUCGCACGUGAUCAAAGGCAAGCAGCUAGAAGUCACGCAGGCGGACGAGAAGCCCGAGGAGGAUGAGGACCGCAAGCGUGAGGAGAGGGUGGAGGAGCGGCGCCUGACUCGCUUGGACAAGGAGCAGCGCAUGAGCCGUGCACUUGGUGGUGUUGUGCUCGAUAGGGGGCAAGAGAAGCUGGUCCCGUCUCCGUGGUUUAAGCGAUGGAGGCACCGUCUCUGGGACGACUCGCCUAAGGGCCUCUCGCCGAUUUCAUGGAAGGAUGCCAAUCUGUCGGGGCUCUGUGGCACGAUCUGGAGCGAGAUCGCGGAGCAUGCGACACGAACUGGUGAUAAGACUGUGAAGGAAGCUUUGGCGUUCUUUCGUGAUGUCGAAUCAGACACCACACGGUGGCUUUUCAUUCCCGGUGCCGAUAUCCUUCUCAUUGUGGGGGAUGGGCUUCUCACGCUGACCGCACUUGGAAUCUUCGUCACGCCGGAUUAUGCCGAGCCAGUAGCACCGCCUACGAUGAGCACACUAGUCAAUAUCGUGAUCCCCACGUUCGCCUCGACCAAUCCCGCGGCACAAGCCAGCCCUGUCUGUGCACCGCAGAUGCCCCAAUUGUCGUUCUCUGCCCGGCCGGAGCUGAAUCGAAUGCAGAAGGGUAACAACGAUGACUGCAAAAUCUUUGUUGGCGGCCUUCCACUGUCUACGACAUUGGACCAACUUCUGCGAUGCUUCGCAGCGUACGGUCAGGUCACAGAUGCUGUGAUCAUGACAGACAAGAUGACGGGGAAGCCUCGCGGUUUCGCUUUUAUUUGCUACGAAACAGCUGAGAGUGUCUUGUCGGUGCUGCAACACCAUGACAAGCACCAUGUCAAUGGCAAGUGGGUGGACGUGAAACGUGCAAUCGCAGACUUUCUGCCUGGACCGCGCAGAAUGGAGCCUGCAGAUGCCGGCCUGCCAGCCGGGACCGCAGCGGAAUUCACACCGGGUGCGGCGCAGGUACAAGCCAACCCUGCAGCCCUCUACGAGCCCGGAUGCAAUCAGUUUCCACAAGCACAGGAAAAAUGGCCGCUAUCAAUGAUUCAAGUUCCCAGUUGGGGGCCACGGCAAAGCCUGGGUGGGAGGUCCGUGCCAGAUGCGAGCACAGGCAGAAGUGUCGUUCCAGCUGCUUCGGUGCGAAAUUGGAGCCGAGGAUCCCCUCGCUGA